CCCGGUCCCUCCUGGAGCGCGGUCGCCCCUCGCCCCUCGCCCCUCGCCCUCCCGCGAGGUGCGGGGCCAGAGUCGGAGCGGCUCUUCCGGCGCAGGCUGCGGCCCGGCUCCUCCGCGACGCGCCCCCGCCGCUCCCCCGCGCGGCCUGAGGAGGCGCCGCCCGCCGCCGCCGCGACUGAGGGAAUGCGAGCCGGGCCGGCGCGCGCGGGAGGCAGCGGCCGCUGAGGCGCGUGGGGCACAGCGGCACAGCGGGCUCAGAGCGCUCCUGCCGGCCCGGCCCGCGUCCCCCUCAGCCCGCGCUCACGGAGGCCGCAGCGGCCGGCGGCCCAGAGUCGCGCGCCAGCACGUGCGCCGCCGCCGACGGCCCGGAGCAUGCCCGCCGCCGUCCGGACGUUCGCGCGGGGCCAGCUGGCGGCGGGGGCGCGCGGGGCCACGGGGUGCAGCCGGCCGGGCCGGGGCCGUGGGGCCCGCGCUGCCCGGGACGCGGCGUGAGGCGGCGGCCGAGGAGUCCGGAGCGCGGCCCGCCGAGCGGACAUAUCUGUGCACCAUAUGCAUGCCUAGUACCCACAGAGGCCAGCAGUGUUGGAUCCCCUGGAGCUGGAGGUACAGAGGGUUGUGAGCUGCCUUGGUGCUGGGCUUUGAAGCUGGGUCCCCUGGAAGAAGCCACCUCUCCAGUCCUGGAUGCUGGCACGUGUGUCUUGGUCCCUGACUCCCUCCUGCAGACAUACUGACCAUUCCUCCUCCUGUGGUGGAGACGUUGACAGAGCUGCUCAGAUCUACAGGGUCUUCAUUGAAUUCUGUCAUGGUUAUUUAAGGAAUCUUGCCUAGAAAGUCCCCACAAGCACGCAGUUCCCUGCCGCCUAGAAGGCGUGGACUCCAAGAUGAUCAUAAAGGAAUACCGGAUUCCCCUGCCAAUGACCGUGGAGGAAUACCGCAUCGCCCAGCUGUACAUGAUACAGAAGAAGAGCCGAAAUGAGACCUAUGGACAAGGCAGCGGAGUGGAGAUCCUGGAGAACCGGCCCUACACAGAUGGUCCUGGUGGCUCUGGGCAAUACACCCACAAGGUGUAUCAUGUGGGCAUGCACAUUCCUGGCUGGUUUCGCUCCAUCUUGCCCAAGGCAGCCUUGCGGGUGGUGGAGGAGUCCUGGAAUGCCUACCCCUAUACCCGAACAAGGUUCACCUGCCCCUUUGUGGAGAAGUUCUCCAUUGACAUUGAAACCUUUUAUAAGACAGACACUGGGGAAAACAAUAAUGUGUUCAACCUGACUCCUGUGGAAAAGAACCAGCUGGUAACAGACAUCAUCGACAUCGUCAAGGAUUCUGUGCCCCCCAAUGAAUAUAAGGCAGAAGAAGACCCCAAGAUAUUCCAGUCAGCCAAGACUCGCCGGGGACCUCUUUCUGAAAACUGGAUUCAGGAGUACAAGAAGCGCCUUCUCCCCAUCAUGUGCGCCUACAAGCUCUGCAAGGUGGAGUUCCGAUACUGGGGCAUGCAGUCCAAGAUUGAGAGGUUCAUCCAUGACACAGGCCUGCGGCGGGUGAUGGUGCGAGCCCACCGGCAGGCCUGGUGCUGGCAGGACGAAUGGUAUGGGCUGACCAUGGAGAAAAUCCGAGAGCUGGAGAGGGAGGUACAGCUCAUGCUGUCCCGCAAAAUGGCCCAGUAUUCAGAGGAAGGACCCUCAGAACUAAGCAAGGACAGUACUACCAAGGACCAGGCAUCUGGAGCAACCCCCGAACCCAGCGGCAACAAUGGGGAGCCUCUGGGGCGGGGCCUGAAGAAGCAGUGGUCCACCUCGUCCAAGUCCUCCAGGUCCUCGAAGCGGGGAGCCAGCCCCUCCCGACAUAGCAUCUCAGAGUGGAGGAUGCAGAGUAUCGCCAGGGACUCUGACGAAGGCUCAGAAGAGGAGUUCUUUGAUGCACAAGAGAACCUGCACCACAAGGAGGAAAUACAUGCCAAGGACAUCACCAAGUGGAACUCCAACGACCUCAUGGACAAAAUGGAGAAUCCAGAGCCUGAGGAAUCACAGGAUGGUAUCUACCAACAGAGUGACUCUGAGUUCAGGGUAGCCUCCAGCGUGGAACAGCUGAACAUCAUUGAGGGGUCCAAGGGAAGGGCUGAGGCAGUGAACCCCAGACCCCAUAACCAGGAUGAGGUGAGCCAGCCACUAGCUGCGCCGCCCUCCAAGAUUCACGUGCUGCUGCUGGUGCUGCAUGGAGGCACCAUCCUGGACACUGGAGCGGGGGACCCCAGCUCCAAGCAGGGUGACACCAACACUAUCACCAACGUGUUCGACACCGUCAUGCGUGUGCACUACCCCAGUGCCCUAGGCCACCUGGCCAUCCGCCUGGUGCCCUGCCCACCCAUCUGUGCUGACGCCUUCGCCCUCGUCUCCAACCUCAGUCCCUAUGGCCACGAUGAGGGCUGUCUGUCUAGCAGCCAGGACCACAUCCCCCUGGCCGCUCUGCCCCUGCUGGCCACUUCCUCACCCCAGUACCAGGAGGCAGUUGCUACGGUGAUUCAGCGGGCCAACCUGGCCUAUGGAGACUUUAUCAAGUCCCAGGAAGGUGUGACCUUCAACGGACAGGUCUGCCUGGUUGGAGACUGUGUUGGGGGCAUCCUGGCAUUUGAUGCCUUAUGCUACAGUGGCCAGCCGGUGUCUGAGAGUCAAAGCAGUAGCCGCCGGGGCAGUGUGGUCAGCAUGCAGGACGCUGACCUGCUGUCCCCGGGCAUCCUGGUGAAUGCAGCACACUGCUCCAGUGGCAGUGGCGGUGGCAGUGGCGGAGGCUCCAGCCUGGAGGGCAGUCGGCACCUGAGCCGCAGCAACAUUGAUAUCCCCCGAAGCAACGGCACCGAGGAUGCCAGGAGGCAGCUGCCCCGCAAAAGGAGUGAUUCGUCCACCUAUGAGCUGGACACCAUCCAGCAGCACCAGGCCUUCCUGUCCAGCCUCCAUGCCAGCGUGCUGAGGAAUGAGCCCAGCUCCCGCCGCUCAAGCAGUUCGACGAUGCUGGACGGUGCCGGGGCCCUGGGCAAGUUUGACUUCGAGAUCGCUGACCUCUUCCUCUUCGGGUGCCCAUUGGGGCUAGUCCUAGCCUUGAGGAAAACAGUCAUCCCCUCCCUGGAUGUUUUCCAGCUGCGGCCAGCGUGCCAGCAAGUGUACAACCUCUUCCACCCUGCGGACCCUUCAGCCUCCCGCCUGGAGCCGCUGCUGGAGCGGCGUUUCCAUGCCCUGCCGCCCUUCAGCAUCCCUCGAUACCAGCGCUACCCGCUGGGCGAUGGCUGCUCCACGCUGCUGGUCGAGACCGUGCAGAGAAACCCAGAGCUGGUCCUGGAGGGCGGCCCCCUGGCCCCUCUCCCCCACGGGGACAGCUUCCUGGAGACCAGUAUCCCUGUUCCCGCGCUCGCCUGGCAGGAUGGGCCCCGCCAGAGCCUGGGCUGUGCUGAGUCGGAUGUGCUCCAGGCCCACAACACAGUCUUCCAAGAGCACGCAGCCCCCUCGUCACCUGGCACAGCCCCUGCUAGCCGUGGCUUCCGCAGAGCCAGUGAGGUCAGCAUUGCCAGUCAGGUGUCAGGCAUGGCCGAGAGCUACACAGCAUCCAGCAUUGCCCAGAAGGGCCCCUCGUCACUCAACCACACCCCCAGCAUCAGGCGCCUAUCCUUGCUCGCCCUGCCCCCCCCAUCCCCUACCACCCAGGGUCCCUGUGCCAGGGCAAGGCAGGUGAGCCCCAACCUGGAGAGGGUCCCCUGCCUCCCCGACUUGGACAUCGGAGAAGUUGCUGCCAAGUGGUGGGGCCAGAAGCGGAUUGACUACGCCCUGUACUGCCCCGACGCCCUCACGGCCUUCCCCACGGUGGCCCUGCCCCACCUCUUCCACGCCAGCUACUGGGAGUCAACUGAUGUGGUCUCCUUUCUGCUGAGACAGGUCAUGCGGCAUGACAGCUCAAGCAUCCUAGAGCUGGACGGCAAGGAAAUGUCCGUGUUCACGCCUUCGCAGCCCAGGGAGAAGUGGCAGCGCAAGAGGACCCACGUGAAGCUGCGGAACGUGGCAGCCAACCACCGGAUCAAUGAUGCAGUUGCCAAUGAGGACGGCCCACAGGUUGUGACAGGCCGGUUCAUGUACGGGCCCUUGGACAUGGUCACCCUGACUGGGGAAAAGGUGGAUGUGCACAUCAUGACACAGCCGCCCUCAGGUGAGUGGCUGUACCUAGACACUCUAGUGACCAACAGCAGUGGGCGUGUCUCCUACACCAUUCCAGAAACACACCGCCUGGGGGUGGGCGUCUACCCUGUCAAGAUGGUGGUCAGGGGAGACCACACAUUUGCCGACAGCUACAUCACCGUGCUCCCCAAGGGCACAGAGUUUGUGGUUUUCAGUAUUGAUGGCUCCUUUGCCGCCAGUGUGUCCAUCAUGGGCAGUGACCCCAAGGUGCGCGCCGGGGCUGUGGACGUGGUGCGACACUGGCAGGACCUGGGCUACCUCAUCAUCUAUGUGACCGGCCGGCCUGACAUGCAGAAGCAGCGGGUGGUGGCGUGGCUGGCCCAGCACAAUUUCCCUCACGGUGUGGUGUCCUUUUGUGACGGCCUGGUGCACGACCCGCUGCGCCACAAGGCUAACUUCCUGAAGCUGCUCAUCUCUGAGCUGCACCUGCGCGCACAUGCGGCCUACGGCUCCACCAAGGAUGUGGCGGUGUAUAACUCCAUCAGCCUGUCUCCCAUGCACAUCUACAUCGUGGGCCGGCCCACCAAGAAGCUGCAGCAGCAGUGCCAGUUCAUCACAGAUGGCUAUGCGGCCCACCUGGCCCAACUCAAGUACAAUCACCGGGCUCGCCCAGCUCGAAACACGGCCACACGCAUGGCUUUGCGCAAGGGCAGCUUUGGCCUACCCGGCCAGGGGGACUUCCUUCGCUCCCGGAAUCACCUGCUCCGCACCAUUUCAGCUCAGCCCAGCGGGCCCAGCCACCGGCACGAUCGGACACAGACCCAGAUGGACAGCGAGCAGCGGGGCCAGCGCAGCAUGAGUGUGGCGGCCAGCUGCUGGGGCCGUGCCAUGACAGGCCGGCUUGAACCAGGGGCAGCCGCAGGGCCCAAGUAGGACUCUCAGGAGGUGCUGUGGUCUCCAUGGUGCUAGGCCAGGGCACCGGCCCUCCUGGCAGGCCUGGCCUGGGCACACUGCGUGGCUGGGGACAAGCACAGACAUGGCCUGAGAACUUGACCCAGGGCCCCUUGGAAGACAUGGCCAUGCCAAACACAGUCCUCCCAGCCUUGCCUAAUGCCCUAGGCUCCGAGGAGCCCAGCUGGUCAUGGGAACUGGCAGGAUGUCCAGGCCAUGAUGGAAGAGGAACCGGGAUCGGCCACUCAGCCCGGCCUGGGAGGCACUCCUGGACAUCUUGCUGUGUUGACCUCUCAGCCUCCUGGGGCCAGGCAUGGGUCUCUGCCCUGCCUGUCACCUCCCUGUCCUCUGGCGCCCCUUCCCAUUUGGUAGCAGCUCCAAUGGGGUCCAGCCUGCUUCUUGUUGACUCCAGUUCUCAACUGUCUAACCUCACUGGUUUUGCACUGGUUUUUGAGAGUGGAGACCCGUUACCAUCUCCUGGCUCCAGACAUGUUGACAUGCAUGAAAAUCCAGUCUCUGCUGAUCCAGGGUCUGUCACCACACAGAAUAGUCCACUGUGGAAAAUCUUCACACAAGCAGGAGAGAAAGGCCAUAUCUUAAUUUCUGCUGCCAGCCCAGCCUGUCGACACCACGGCAGCCCCUUGGCAGUCCCAGACUGCUACCUACCCACCCACCUGCCCCACCUACAGCUCAGUGCAGCCCCAGAGCUGAUGUCACUCCGGGCCCUGAGCACAGCACAGGUGUGAGGCCAGCUGUGCACAGCUGGCUCUUGGUAGCCCACCUGGGGCUGCUGGACCUGGAGAAGUCAGGCCUCCACCUCUGCUCGCCUGCCAUGGGCUGGGCCUGCGUCAUGGCUGCUGCCCACCGCGUUUCUACGCCUUUCUACUUCUCCAUCUGGUUUCUAUAAGGUUUUUUUUAACAGGCAAUCCUCGGCUGCUUCCUUUUCUUAACUCAGUAUCAGCGCAGCCUGCUACAUUAGGAACACCCAGCACUGUGACAGGGUCCCACUCAGUCUGGCCCACUUGGCAAGGUGUGGGCUUCUUGCCCUGCCUGACCCACAAUUCCACUGACUUCCUCCUCUGGGGUGGGUGGGGCUCUUAGGUUUUCUUAAUGCCGUUCUGUUUAAUGUCGACUCCGAGAAGCCACUUGUCAGCUGAAGGGCAUACAGCCAUCUAUCUUCUCCCUCUCGUGGAUGGGCUACACACGGGCUCUGAGCCCUGCCUUCCGCGCAGCACUGACCACAGCUCUCCCGCACCUUCCCGGAGCUGGCUGAGCCCACGGGGCUCGGGCCCACUGUCCGGCAAUGGGGCUCUGUACCUGAGUCGCUUCGAGGCUGGACUCAGACACAGGGCUACAUGGUUGGGCCCAGCAGGUGUACAGGAGACACUGACCUUGCUGUGUAGAUAUGUACAGCACAGGGGCGUGGGGUUCCCACCAUGGCAUAUCUACACAGGAAGAAAACUAUUUAUUUUGUGCAGAGAAAAAAAAAUGUCUGGAGGGGUGAGACCUUUGGGGUCUUCUCAUAAGGCGUAGCUUUGUGUUGUUUCCAGCGUUCUGUAUAAAGCAGUGAUUAUUUUAUGGACCAAGAUUCCAUGGAACUGUCACAGUAAAAGUGCAAUAUCUGCCCCACCACUCCCUGCUCCCACAGGAAGCUGCUGGCCCGACAAUCACUGCCCCACUGGGGGCCCCAGAGGCCAGGGCCUCCUCCCUCAGCCCCACCCGUCUCCCCUCAGCCUAGGUGACCAGCCAUUGGGAGAAGCACCUGGACGCCUCAGGCCACCUGCAAUAAAGGCAGCGGAGGCCUGGGGUCAGCAGGCUUGGCCUCUCCCUGGGCAGCCCCUGAGGCUCUGAACACCAGGGCCCACCCAGCUGCCAGCCAGCCAAGGACAACAGCAAUAGUCCCUGGGGCCCUCCCAGGGCCCUCAGCCAUAGAUGGUGAGACGGGCAGCCUCCCUCCAAAACCUCACUCAAGUCUGCUUUUUUGCCUCCCUUACGAUUUCCUUUGGCUCAUUCUCUUGAGGAAGCCCCACUUUUACAGAAAGUAAGAGAGGAAGGUCAAAGUCCUUUAAAAAUACCAAAAAAAUGUUUACAGUGUCAGGUGCUGAGCUGCAGGGCUCAGGCCUAGCCAUUCUAACCAAAGGGUGAGGCAGACCUUGUGGCCUGCCCCACCCCAGGCCUGUUAGAAUAGAAGCCUUAGUCAGUCCCUCCCCGUCCCUGUCCCUGUCCCCAGCCUCGAUGCCACCCUUCACCAACCACCUGCCUUCUCUUUGAUUUCUAAAGAAGGAUUCGGCAAAGCUCCCCAUCCCCUCUGGCUCUGUGUGAGCUAGCCACCGCCCUCCCGUCCACCUUCAUGUCUCAGACCCCUCCCACCCGUCCGUCCUUGUACAAUCGUUUCUCUGGACCAUUGUGUGAACUUUGUCCUGACCCUGUCUCUACAUCGUCCGGCCUGAGUGUGCUCUCUGUAUUCCGUGUCACAGUCUGUUACACCAAUUAAAGAAGCAGGAGGCUUC